UUUUUUUUUUUUUCUCCAAUUUUAGACUCCAUUUCCAUGAUGUCCACAGAAAGAAAAAAAAGACAAAAAAAAUUGCUUGACAGAUGUUUUAUGCAGCAGGCCAACGUAACGCACUGCUGGCUGUUCCUAUUCUUUUCAAAAAUGGUUUCAAAACAGUAGCCUCUUUUUGAUAUGGGAUGCGCAAAAUAAAAAAAAGCAUAUUGAUUAGCUCACGGUCUUUUCAUAGCAAGAAAAGGGGAGUCGCUUUCAGUGGGAGGUUUGGAAAUCGAGAUAUUACAGGUAUGCGCGCUAAUAGCAAAUGCCCCCCCCCAAGGUUUGAUUCAACAAGAGGCAUCACUGGUCUAUCUCAGGCUGGAAAAAUCAUACUAUGGCAAGACGUAAAAGACUCCCAAAAAACACACGCUUCUUUUUUACUCGAUCAACGUUUUGUUUGUUGUUCAAGAGGAAAUUCCUCCUUGUGUAUGUCCACCCCUAUAGGCGCAUGAUUACAUCUCUUGACAUCCGUACAUUCUUUCUCUUUUCUGACAGGACUGGGGAAGGGCAUUUUUUGUCACUUGUCAACAUUUUUAUCAUGAUGAAAAAAAAAGAGCGAAAUGCCAAAAGCUUUAGAACCUAUCCAGGCGUGAAAAGAGCAUUUGCAUGCUGUCUAUGUCAUGACGAAGAUGGAUGGAGAGUAGGGACAAUAAGAAAAAAUGCGGGAAUGAUGGCCAACCUUGUUGAAUGUCAUUCAAUGCAUUGUUUGUGUCUGUGUGUUUUUUAUUGUUUUUCAGUUCCGGGUCAGUUUCAUCUUGUCGUCAUGUUCAAACUAUGCUUUCCAGAGUGAAAGGGCGGAAAAGGGAAAAAAGCCAAACUUUAAUCAAACCCUUUGUUUAUGGCAGCAGAAUCCAACCAUCCACCAUCUU